AUGGAGAAACUCCCACGAUGGCUGCUAUUAAUUGCCCUUCUGACGUGGACACUGUGGACAUGGCCAUUGCAAUCCCUGCCUCAGCUGCAGCCUCUACGUAUGCCCAACGAUACACCUGUCACCUGGGACCAGAUCAUCCCCUCCCAAACACUCACCUAUCACAAUUGCGGGGAUGAAUUCCAAUGCGCCCGCCUCCAAGUCCCCAUGGACUAUAACCGGACAGACGGGAAGGGCCGCACCAUCGCCCUAGCCAUCGUGCGACUCCCCGCCAAGGUCCCAGUCACCGAUCCCAGAUACGGGGGCGCCGUACUGAUCAAUCCCGGGGGUCCCGGAGGCCCGGGGACCAUGCAAGCCUUUGUAUCCGGGCGCAAUCUCCAACUGAUCGUGGACGCAGAGCCAAAUGGAACAGGCAAGUAUUUCGAUAUCAUCGGGUUCGAUCCCCGGGGUGUUGGAUCCACCACGCCGCCAGUCAUGUGUUUUCCGGACCCGGUCUCCCAACGCAACUGGGAGCUGCAAGUCUCGGUGGAGGGUAUGUUGGGAAGUGGGGCGGGUUCGCUACUGCGGAACUGGCAGCGAACUGAAGCCUUGAAUUCCGGGUGUUCGGUGUAUGAUAUGUCGAGUCUGGGGUCGGAGGAGCAGAUGAUGUCGUUUCUGAAUACGCGAAUGGUCGCGAGGGAUCUGGUGACUAUUAUCGAGCGGCAUGGGGAAUGGCGGGAGAAGGAGGCGCGGAAUAUUGCGCUUACUUCUUGUCAUGUAUCGGAUGAAGCGCUGGAGCGUACUCGAUGGCGUCGUGGGGAAGAAGAGCUUUUAUACUGGGGUCGUUCGUAUGGAACUCUCCUAGGCAUGACCUUUGCGUCCCUCUAUCCAGAUCGAGUCACGCGCGCGGUUCUCGAUGGCGUCGUCGAUAUGGUCAAGUACUAUAAAGGCAUUGGGCCAAGUGCUAUCGCCGAUGCAGAUGCUAUAUUCGAGCGUUUCGGUCAAUACUGCAAUGCAGCCGGCCCGAUCGGAUGUCCGUUCUAUAUAGACGGCGGUGCCGAGGCAAUCAAAGCCGCAUACUGGGAGCUGGAGCAGCAGAUUCUCAACGUUUCCAUACCCGUGAUGGCAUCUGCCACACGCGGACCUGAAGUGGUUACCUGGACGGACAUCAAGGCCAUCCAACGUGUUGCCAUUUACCAACCACUGCUGGCGUUCCCUGUACUGGCCGAUCGAAUGACCGAGUUGGCGAAGGGGAAUCCGGUCCCGAUGGCUGACUUCAAACACGGCAGUCACUUUGGAGCAUGUCCGUCGAACAAGUGUUCUCGUGCGGGACCGUGGUCCCCGGAUUGUGCGACCUCACAGGAUAACAUGCUCUAUGCGAUGGCCGCCAUCAUGUCCUCGGACGCGGAACACAUGACAACUCUUAAUAUGCAGGAGUUCCGGGCCAUCUGGGAUAGCCUUAGAGCAGACAGCGACACCUUGGGUGAUUACUGGGCACAGUUACACUUGAGCUGUGUGGGGUGGAAGACGAAAGCCAAGUAUCCAUUCACUGGUACGUAUCCUUCCAGAUUGGUUUUUCCUAGGCUGACCCCUUUAGGACCAUGGGGUACUACAACUGCCCAUCCUAUGCUCUUUGUAUCGAAUACAUUGGACCCAGUCACCCCCUUGACCAGUGCCAAACACAUGUCUCACAUUUUCCCUGGAUCUGGACUCCUCCAGCAAGAAUCAGAAGGGCACACCACCCUUGCCGCACCAUCGGUCUGCGUGGCCAAGGCUAUCCGCCACUAUUUCCAGACAGGCCAACUUCCAAGCGAAGGCACACUCUGCCAGGCUGACCUGAAGCCCUUGGUAGGGACUCCCGACGCAGCCGUGGCUAUCAGUGAAAGCCUCGCUCCGACCGACGGUAGACUAUUCGAGGCGUUGAUGGCAGAGGUACAACGAGGACCUUUGUUUCCUCUAUAG